AGUGCAAAUAAAGGGAGAUAGCGGACCACAGACUCCUGCACAAACUUUUUAGCCUGACAGGCCAGAACUAUGACUUUUGCGUAAUCGUAAACCAGGGACAGGGAUCCCAGCAGGAUCCGAGGGGUGAAGAGAAGGAAAGUAAGACACUUCUGGGUGCGGCGAGAGAAAAGAAACACAGAAAAGGACACUCAAGUGACAAACUAGAAUCCGAAGUUGUGAUUUACCUAAAAGUAAAGGUGGAGAAUCGAACAGCUAAUCCGUUCAAAGAUGAGCUUGAUGUCUGCCAUAGACACCAGUGCCUCUGUGUACCAGCCUGCACAGCUCUUAAACUGGGUUUACCUCUCUUUACAAGACACCCACCAGACCAGUGCUUUUGAUGCAUUCAGACCAGAGUCUAAUUCUUCCCAUCCGGAUCUGAACUAUACCAAGCCUCCCGCUGCCGACCUGAGCUCCUCUCUAAAUUCCAACUAUCUCAACAACUUCUUUCAGCUGCAAAGGAAUGAGGCCCUGAAUAACAGGCCGUAUAAAAGCACCUCCCCCUGCGGCUCCCUCAACAACAUCGUGGAUGGCCUGAGCUCGCUGACCGACCACUUCUCCGACCUGUCCCUCUCCUCCGAGCCACGGAAACCCAGCAAGAGGCCGCCGCCCAACUACCUGUGCCACCUGUGCUUCAACAAGGGACACUACAUCAAAGACUGCCCGCAGGCCCGGCCGAAGGGGGAAGGCCUGACCCCGUACCAGGGCAAGAAGAGGUGCUUCGGAGAGUACAAAUGCCCCAAGUGCAAGAGGAAGUGGAUGAGCGGGAACUCCUGGGCCAACAUGGGGCAGGAGUGCAUCAAGUGCCACAUCAACGUUUACCCACACAAGCAGCGGCCUCUGGAGAAGCCGGACGGGCUGGACGUGUCGGACCAGAGCAAGGAGCACCCGCAGCACCUGUGUGAGAAGUGCAAAGUGCUGGGGUACUACUGCCGCCGCGUGCAGUAACCCCCCCCCCCACCGAAACGACCACCACGCCGCGGGGCUCCCCGGUUCUGCCCCGGUUCUGCCCCGGGUCUGCCCCGGUUCUGCCCCGGUUCUGCCCUGGUUCUGCUCCGGUUCUGCUCCGGCUCAUUCACACGUGCUCUUCCUCUCAGAAGGGGGACCGUGCCAAAACCUGGUUAUACGUGCAGCUUAAACACUAACGGGCCUUAAGAAACAAACACCAGUGCCACGCGAUGCAUUCACCAGCGCAUCUGUGCACCUGAGAUUUUUAACCGUUGUUUUUAUAACUGACGAUAAUAAUAACAGUAAUGAUGUCACUGACAGUUGUAACCGAUCAGCUCACGCCGGUGUCUGUGGGUCAGUUCCCCGUGGUGUCUGUUGUUUACAGUUUUCUUUGUUCCCUGGCGAGAGACACAAGCAGACUCGCUCAGUAUUUUUACACCCUUUAGGUUUCGUACUUUAAUGAGGCUCCUCAUGUCUUGUGCCGCUCGUUGGGCCAGCAGCAGCACAUCUAAUCGACUGUGAAUUAAUUUGGGGAUCCCGAGGAGCGCCCUGCCCUUCUCCCCGGCGCUGCCUGUGUGUGUAAUACCCCAGAGCCAUGCUCUGCUUAUGGCUCUUAUUAGUUUUGUUUAUGUGUAAACGUACUUGUUUUGAGUGGGACAGACAUAUACAUACACACCUUUCAUAUGCACACACCAUCUACUGUAGAUGAAACAGUCAUGCUUAGAUUUUUUUUUUUUUUUUUUGGAAGUGUGAACAAGCUAGGCAAUUAAUUUGUAUAUGUUAUCAAAGUAUCUGGUGGUCCCUGAGCUAGACUGUGUAGUUAAGUUAGGAAGACACUGUCUCAUGAAAUAUAAAUUUUAUAGGAAAGAUGUGUUUCCAUAACAUUUUAAGAUACAUGGCACAGAACAUUUCAUUUGAGCAUUGAGCCAAACUCACACUUUUUUAUAAAGAGUUUGGCAACAGCUCACUGCUAAUCCAGAGAAAACUACGGACAGAAAAGACUGGAGACGCGUGUGAUUUGAUCCUGUCUCCAUGUGUUUACAUUGAACAGUAAAGUGAGAAAGGGAUAAGAAAUAUGUUUUUAUGGAUUAAAUCUCUUCCCCUGCGGGAUUAACAUACAAACCAUUGGUUUCCCAAAAAGUGUGAUUUACGCAGCUCGUAAAUUGAUUUGUUUCUCUGCUCAUUUUUUUUCCAGGAAUUUUGCUCUUACACUUAGCUGUAGUUCACCCACAGGGACAAUUAGUUUCAACAUCUCAGUUUAUUUCAUAGAUAUAUCAGACACCUACAACAGAACAUCUUUCACUGCUUUGAGCUGCUUAUUCUACAUUUACAUGUGUACUCUUGCUCAGGUCAGCUGCACUGUCGAAAUAGGAAAUGUUCAGGUAUGUAGAUUUUUGGACGAUAUUUUGACUUCAAAGUUUAUCGCUUAAAUUUGAGCUUAUACUUGAUAUUAUUUUAACAUCUGACACUUAACCUUUAACAUAUAACAUUUUCCAUGCUUAGAACUAUAGAAUUCAAACGUUGCAAAAACAAAAGCCUUUUUAGUGAUCUUGUGCAUGUGUAAUCCAAAGAUCUACUAUUAUUACAUAGCAUAGGGCUAUGUACAUAAGGCUAAUUACUAUUAGCAUACGGCCAAGUACAUCCCUGUUAGAUUCUUUCAUCACAUCUAGAAAGUACCCCACUGUGAAACUGCACAGGAGCAUACUUGUAUGAACCAUAUCCGACUGUAGUAAUUGGUUGUUGGUGAUUUAAAUGCAGGGUUUGGCAGGGAAGACACCAUACGGAUGUUUGAAGGCGAUACGGUGUUAAAUUGAGCCACGUUUCAGGUCUUGAGUGUUAAGCAUGUGGACAUGUUUAGCUGUCCUUAGUAGGUCAUAGCUGUGUAGUCCGAUGGUUUCCUAAAACUACCGGUCCUCUAGGAAAACAGAUCUGAACCCAGCUGUUUUGUGAAGUGAUUUUUGCCCCCCACUCUAAUUUGAAAAUCCCCCUUUGUAGUGUUACAUAGAGACAGAGAUAUUUUGGUGGUGAAGGACAAUGAAUUGAUUAAAAAAAACAAUGAGAGAUACCGUUCAAUAAACUCUCAAUCUACGGAGUGUCUGUUACGACCCCUGAUCUGUACUACAGCAUGUUUGGAGGGAUCAGGAUUAUUUUGAUUCCAAUUCGUCUUUCAUUGGAGCCAUUUUGAUGCUCACUUAAAUGAACACUGCAUCUGGCAAGUAAUACAUUUUAAUUAAGAAUUUAUUAAAAAUUAAUUUUUGAAAUUAGCCUUAUUAUGAGACAUGUUUUACUUUUAAUUAUGACGAUGGUGAUAUUUUACCAAAGAAUCCAUAAACAGGUAGUUAUUGCUAUAGUCAAAAGGGAGUAUCAAAUAAAGAUGACUUAUGGCUUCUAUUACCAUUAAAUCCAGUAAUUCUAUCCACACUUCAGGCUCAAACUAUGUUUACUUGACCAAAUUGUAUUUGUGAUUCAAGCACAACGGGGGCAUACUAACCUGUCCCAAAAAAGAAGCACUGCAACACCACAAAAAAAAGAAAAAUUAUAUUUUAACGGAUUUGCCAAACUACACUACAAUACACAUAUCCAAGUGUUAGGCUGGGAAGGCGAAACGCAUUCUAUGGCUGGAUUCUCAGUUCUCAUCUGAUCUCCAAGCAGAUGCCAGAGAGAGACGGAGAGAGAGGGAAAAGAAAUCUAAAGGGACGCUGAUAAUUGUUGUAAAAGAAAAUAAGAGUGAAGCACGGAAAGUCAUGUGUAAUAUGAAAAAGUUAUGUUAUUCAAAGAUGUUUAUGCUUGUGUCAGGUUAAGGGGAUGCUAAGAUCCAGGUAGGCUUUCCUGACUGCGUUUCUGUUAGCAUCUGCAUACAGCCCCCUGAGUUCUUCAUCAGGUUCUCCAUUCAAACCCAUAAUAACGCAUUUCCUGCUUUAUAAACAAACGAGAAGCACCAAGAUAUUACUUCCUCAGUCAUCUCGUCUGAGAUGUCCCCCUUUCCUGACGUUAGUGUAAUCAAUGUCUCUAGACUUUUAUAGUGUAAUCAAUAUCACUUAGCCUCAGGCUAGAUUCAGCUUUAAAAGGGAUUGAGAAUCAGUGUUAGUUUCAACAUGCAGAAAGAGGCAUGUUUGUGUGUAAACUAAGGCUUAUUGUCUAAUUGCAGUGCACUUUGAUCUUAACUUUAACACAUACAUUUUGGCAAGUUUGUUCUUUAUGUGAUUGUUAUGCAUUUUUAUUUAUUUCAGUAACCACCAAACUCGCAGUGUACUGUACAAAUCCAAAAAAAGAGAAGUCUUGUUUAAAGCUGUUACUCCACUCUAAGGAUAACAUUUCCAAGCAUUUUGAUUAUACAGAGACUAAGAGAAAUGUAAAAUUUAAAAAUAUAGCUUUAUAUUUUGUAUGAACCUCAAGGGACUCUUUGUGUCUCUCGGAUAAAUGUGUAAUUUCACAAUUUAGUAUCAAUUACAUAAACUGUAUAAUGCAUAUAUCUAAAGAUGUACCUAGUACUUUUUUUCUAUUUAGUUUUUUUUUUGAUAGCUACAUAAUAUAUUAAAUGAAUAUGUAAGCAGUAUGUAAGGGUAACUAAACUUGAAAUACUUACAGUGGAUCAUUUAAAAUAUUUUAGCCAUUACUCUUUUUGUGCCAUUUUUAAUACAGAACUAAUAUUUUCCCUUUCAAUUUGAAAUGCCGACUGUAAUGUUUGGCCUUUCACUGCAGCUUCUUCCAAAAUGGCGGGAGGGGGCAGACGAGCUCAGGCUCUCCACUAAAGCGUGACACAGCGCUGCGUUUCUGACUCCAGAGUCCGUCACGGACGUGAAAUUUGUUUGGAGUGCUGGCAAUGCGAGAGCCCAUGUGACCAAACGAGUCAUGCUGGCGCAGUGAGCUAGGGGGCGCUGUGGUCCACAGUCACAUCCGGCAUCGUCAGGGGGGUCCGUCUCCACACACCUGAAUGCCGUGUGUGUUUACAAAGUGGGUGGGGUCCGUCCCCACACACCUGAACGCCGUGUGUGUGCAUACAGAGAGGGUGGGGUCCGUUCCCUCACACCUGAACACCGUGUGUGCGUACAGAGCGUCUGGCCUCCUGCGCGGUCGGCAGAAAUGCAGGCCCAUCAGUCAGCUGAGUGGAGCUGAGAUUAGAGUCUGCUGGCCGUGAGAGCUCAUCUUUGAUUAAAUGUUAAUUAGUUUUAAAAAUAAACUAUUCUGUAUGUGGAGGAUUUUUUUAAAAACAUCUGAAAACAAUGUGGCAUUAUCCUUGGCAUCGUACAGAUGGGAGAAACAAUACAAAUAACCCAAAGUCAGGGCGGACAUGUUUGGCUAGCUCAUCAUUUCCUUCACACCAUUACUGACGUUGGCUCGGAGCAAAAAUGCUCUACUGGAAAAAAAAAAACAAUCAGCAUAGUUGUCAUGGAAAUAAAGACGUGUUAUUCAAAGCCAACAUUAAACACCCUCAUUCCCAUUUUUGCAAUUGUAUCUGCUUGAAUGUGCAAUCUUUGUUUUUGAAACAAUCUAUUUCUAACACUCAUGGACAGCAUGAAAGCGUCAGUUUUAUCAGCUAAAUAAAGUUUUUGGCGGAUGUGGUGAGAUUUUAAAUAAUGAACAGACUGCCUGCAGUGUUGAUGUUUGAAUGUGUCUCGAAUGUGAACUUGUGGAAUGUGAAAUUCUCACAGAAAAGCGUGGCUUCAAAACGUGACGUCACACGAAUGUUAAGACCGCCAUGGGAGAGGAAAGGGCUAGUGAAAUUAUUUUUGCUAACAAUUUAAGUAAUUUAAUUUCUCGCAUUUUCUGUAGCUGCAAUACUGUAGUAAACAGGCACACAUGCUGCACACAGAUUACACACACAAUUUGUAUUAACAGGAAACAUUCAGACCAUAAACAAGUCUGCAUUACAUGUCCCUGUGCGCUUUUAGAGAAGUUCUUAAAUGUAAUGAGAAAUGCCUCCUGAAGCAUUUUUUUAUGAUUGCACCAAGUCUUGCCAAUGACUUUUGUUCUUAUACGAUUUCUGUGAAGACUAGACAUAGACUGGCUCAUAUCUAUGGGGAGUGAUGAAAAUGUUGUGACAUUAUUUUGAUAUUAAUAUUUUUGUGCAAAAACAGUUUGUUGCCUUUUAAAGGUGUUUUUUCUGUCCUGUCCAUUACCUUUAAAUGAGAAACCGUCCUCAUCCCACACGACUCCCACUCCCUUUAAGGGAAUUGUGCUAAACUGACCUCACACUAGUCACAAGGGGGCCUUCAAAAUCUGGAAGCCUCAGGACUUUCUCCAGUCCGAUAUCCCUGGGCAUACUAAUGUAAUUAGUGGAAUAAAAUGCCACUCUGUGAGCCACUGAUGAUGUCUGGGAGAAAACUCGAUGAGUGAGCCAGCGUGCCGGGGAUGAGCUUGCAAAGCCGUGCUACACAGGGCUCGGCCUUUCAGUGAACAACACAAACACUCAAAAGCUCGCUGACACAUUUUCCUUGAGAUACGGAUACUUGACUUUUGCUGUUUUUUUGAGUGUUGAUUUUUCCUACAUAUGAUGUACGUAUUUUGGGAAAAUACUUCUCUUUUUUUUUUAUUUUUUAGAUUUGAACGUCUUUAGAGCAAUUGCAAGCCAUACAAGACUUCUACCCCUGUCAGAGAUUUUUUCAAUUACUAUUGUGUGUAUAUAUUUGAAGGCCAUCAUGUUAAGAUUUAUAUCUGUUGUUUUUAAUUGUUAAAAUAGCAAUAGAGCUUUUUUGUUGUCAUAAGGGCCUAUAUUGUUGAAAUAUAAACUAAGCUGGGAGUUUUUCUUUGAUGUUUUACAAUCUGAAGUUAUGUCCUACAAAAUAUAUUUAAGGAAGGAUUUUUACAUUACCUUUGUUUGUAUAAAAUAUGCAACAAUACUACACUAUGAAGGAAAUAUUGAUGUCUACAAAGAUUAUUAUAUUAAGGUUGGUACAUAAUUCUUAAAUACCCUUGCUCUUGUAAAAGCCAUUUUUGUUUGUUAUAUGGAUGAAAAUAUUAUCAGUAUUAUCUAACCAGUUACUAUAUUAUUCAAGUACUGAAUGUGCUUAUCAAAUUAUAUAUAUAUGUGUAUUUUGGAAAGUAUGCUAUUAUUUUGAAGAGUAGUAUUGCAGUAUUGUGGCGCUAAUGUCGACAUUACUAGCUAACAUAAGUACUGAUGUAACAUUUAUCUUUAUGCAAGUUUGUAUUUUGAAGAAUAAAUUAAAAAGCAAUAGCCUUAUUGUACUCUAAGAUUCAGAACAGGGCUAGCACUCGGGACUGCUGUCCUGCUAAAGAAACUGUGAGCUCUCGUCUGCAAUAGGAACAGAUGUAAAGGAACUAGUGAGGACACUUUGUUAAAUGUAUUGUGUGAAAUAUAGAACACAGGAUUUCCAUUAAGCGAAAGGAGAGACAGUAAUUAUAUAUGUUGCAUGCGCAUGUACUCAUUUACGAUUGUUUGGAAGUGAUAAAAAAUAUUUUUUCUUAUACUGUAUAUGUGUAACAUUAGUACAUUCAAGUAGAUUGCCACAUAUUCUAUUUUAUCAAUGUGUACAUUACUAACUGUACUACCAUACUCACUACAUUGAAUGUGUAUAUUGAAGUAGAUAGCCUAAUUCAUUGUAACACAGAGUUUCUGUUGUCUCCUGAACGUAGCCAAAGUCAGGAUGAUCACAAACUGCUUUAUGAUAAAUUAGUUCACCAAUGUUUACUUGUCUUAGUUCCUUUAACUUUUGUAAAGAAAAGUUGACUAAUGCUAAAAGAAAAUGGGCAAGACACAGAGGGGCAAAGAAAGUGUAUUUCUGAGAAUGAACAAAGAUAGUAAACCUCUGCUGUUAACUGCCCAUAAAUUGGCAUUCCGGAAUGUGCCUUAUUUUCUCAUUAGAAGUGGAAAGCUCGCUUUUUUAAAGUGCUUUUUCAGAAUUUUAGUGCUGAAUAAAACUAUUGAAACAGUA